AUGGAGAAGGACAACCCCCCACACUUGGUGACUCCCACAUCAGUGAAGGCUAUUAUCUCAAAGAUUGAGACUGCCCAGCUAAUUCGGACGCAGGAGGAUAUUUCCACCCAGCUCUCAGACAUCUUGGACAAUGUCAACUGCGCCAUCAAUCGCUUCCAGGAAGAACUGGGAUAUGACUUAAAAGAGAGGGCGAAGCCUCACCAAGCAGAGCAGAAAGGCAAAAAGAGGUUCAUCCUGCUGGAGAAGCUUGCCUCCUUCUCCAAAGAUGCCGAGACCAAGGAGAGACACCUGUAUGACAUCCUCCGCUGGCUGGGCGAGUGGGGUGACAGUCUGACUUAUGAGAUAAAGAACAGGAGUUCAGAGGAAGACGAAGCCCUGGACGAAUGGAUCGAGGUGAUGGAGAAGGUGUUGCCUCUCUCCCUCAUGGCCACCAAAGGAGGCAUUGAGUCUCUCAUCUCUCUGUGCUCGACUCUCAUCGAAGACCAGAAGAAAAUGACACAAAUGUCCAAACAUAACUUCUGGCAGGACUGGCAUGAGAAGAGCCCACAGAAUAAGGAGCAGGGGCUCCCUGAGCCACCGAGCCCGGAGCAGAUGCUCCAGGACAAGAACACCACCCACCUGAACGUCUCAGAGGUUAGGUCUAUGCUGCAGGAGCUCCUGGACUCCACUAUGUUCAACACAGGGGAGGUCAAAGCCAUCAGGUACAUGUCCGCUGUGGUGGAGAACCUCAACAAGGCCUUGAUCCUCCAGCACAAGGAGAACAAGAGUCUGGAGACAAAGUACAAGUACUUGCAGGUGGAGAAGAACAAAGAGCUCAGCACCCAGAGGCUGCACUUCCAAAAAUCCAUCCAAGUCCUUGAGAGCAAAAGGAAUGCACUGCUGAAACAGGUAAAGCUCCUAGGGGACAAAUACCAUCACCUCCUCAUGAUGAAGCACACCCUGGAAUUCCAGCUGAAGAUAGCUCAGUCUGCUAGUGGUCCAGAAGAACCAGCCAAGGAUUUUGUUGAUGACCUGGAACCUCCUGAAAAAAAGACCCUUCCAGAGGUGGGUACAGCCCGGGAGGAGAAGGGACAGGCGGUUUCCGCUCUCUCUUCAAGUCCCCUGACCAAGGCCUGGCGCAGAGGCACCACACCUGCAGCCCCGAAGCCACUCUCUGGCAUGGACACGGACUCGAGGGUGAAGGAUGUGUUCGUUGACCGCACCGAGGCCCUGGAGCCUGUGCUGCUGCACUCAGAGGUCCCCUGGGUUCCUACGCAAUGGGAAGACAAAGACCAGGGGGACCACAUCCAAGAGGAGGGAGCCCCAAGCAAGUCCCUGUCCCCAGGGAGCUCCAGGAGGAGGCUUUUGGAGAGCCACUGGGAGACCAGAAGGCAGCAAUGGCUGCAGGAGGAAGAGAUGUGGCUUCAGCGGCAGAAGAAGUGGGCCCUGCUGGAGCAGGAGCACCAGGAAAAGGUGAGGCAGUGGGAGGCCGAGGUGGCUGCCAGGCAGCAGUGGCAGAGGCUCACCCAGCCAGAGGAGGAGAAGCAGAGCCCCGGGAAGGAGCAGAGAGCAAGCUCGGAGAAGAUGAUCUUCACCACCACUAGUCGGUGGAAGAACUUGAAGAAGUCGGAAUCAGCGCCGACUCCCCACUGCAGGGCCCAGUCCGCGCGUCAGAGUAGGUCGUUCAUACUCACGUCCCCACACGCCCAGCAGUCUGGGCAGGGGACCCAGAGGACCCCAUGUUCGGCUGAGUUUCUGCAAAGGCCACCGGCCCGCCAGGUUUCUGCUAAGCCCAAGAAAUCUGCCUCCUUGCCUGUCACUGGGACAUCCAUCCGAAGGGUGUCCCAGGUCUCUCUGCAGCAGGCCCCGCCGGGGACACCUAAGGACAAGGUCUACCAUAUAGACAUGGAGGCCCAGCUGAAGAACCUGCAGGUCCUGGGUGGUUCGGAGUCAGAGGUGGCACUGCCACAGUACCUGCGCAGCAAAGCCCUGGAGGUCAUUGCCGUCGCCAUGGAGCUGAGCAUCCUCAGGCUGCAGUACCUAUGCAAGAAGUACAUUCAAUACAGGCGCUUCCAGAGCCUCCGACUAGAAGUGAUCAAACACAUAGGAGCCAUUCGGCAAACGAGGGUUACCUAUAAGGCCCAGAGCCUCUAUCUGCUCCUGGAGAACAUUGACCGCCAGCAGAGCCUCAGGCUGCAGGCCUGGGCAGACAAGCAGAGAGACCUGGAGGAAAGGCACCAGGAGUGCCUGCACACUAUGGUGGCCAUGUUCCCCAAGUUCCAGCAAGAGUGGAACGUCCACCUGAACAUCCCUGUGCUCACCCAUGCCAAGCCAGUGAGAAGCAAAUCAUCUUCAGUCUUACUUCAGAGAGUCCGCUCCAGCCACUCCACUACCAAGCAACCUCCUCCACCCAAGUGCCGGGAAUCUGUGCCCCUGCGGAUAACUAGCCAACAAGGGAACCAGAUGGAAGCUAUAUGGAAGGCUGACGUGGCCUCUUCAAGUCACCCCAUAGAAAAGAAGACCCCUACAAACAUGUGCUGGGAACAGCUAGGGGGCUACCCAGACAUCCCCAGGUUACUGGCUGUGGACGAGCAUCCCUCCUACCCCAGAAGCGUGUCCUUCAAGACUCGCUCUUUCAGUGCUUCAUCGGACCAAAGGAAGGAAUGCCAGGAACCCUCGGAGGAGGCAGCUGGGCUCGUCUGCAAAAUGUCCAGCCAGUCACUCCCUGGAUCGACCAUACAAAGCAGGAAGGAUCGGGUAGCUCCAGUACCCACUCCAUCCCUUAGUUAGCGACUCUCAAACUUCCGGGCCACUAGCAACCGCACAGCGGCUUGUUCUAAUCCUAACCCUAACCCAAUGCAGGAGCCCAGCUGGUGCUCUUAAACACACACAGUUGUUGCGAAGUUGUUCCAGAACUUUGGGAAACUUUUCUUUUUUUCAGUCCCCAAACUAUUA